ACGCUAUUAUGAAGAGGAAGAUGGAAAAAUGAGAUUUCGCAUUAUCGGUGGCAGACGAUAUCAUAACAUUUUGACUUCAGAGUAUUUUGGAGCAAAUGAUGACGAAGAAGCUUAUCGGUUAAGUAGAUAUCAUAAUGCAAUAAAAGAUAUUUGGGGAGGAUUGUUUCAUUCACCUAUCGAAGAGAAGUUGAAACAAGGAGCUCAUGUUAUUGAUUUUGGAUGUGGGACUGGAAUUUGGAUCUUGGAUAUGGCAAAACAGUAUCCCAAUUCAAAGUUUGUAGGAAUAGACUUAUCUCCAAUUUUUCCAACAGAAGAUCUUCCUUCAAAUGUGGAGUUUGUCCAGUAUAAUGUGUUGGAUGUAUUGCCAUAUGAAGAUGCGUCUUUCGAUUUCGUUCACCAAAAAUUUUUGGUUGUUGCUUUUACGGAAACACAAUGGGAAGAGAAAGUUAUCCCAGAAAUGAUAAGAUUGGCUCGACCAGGUGGAUGGGUCGAGUUAUUAGAAGCUGAUGCUUAUCUUACCUCUGAUGGAAAGGCUACAAAUAGAAUUGCAAAAGCUCUCAAUAAGUUUAUGACAGCGAAGGGAAUGAACUGUACAAUUGGGAAAAAACUUCAACGCAUUCUUGAAAACACAAACACGUUUUCGGAAAUCACAAGUAAUAAAAAAGCUGUAGUUUUAGGUAAAAAAGGCGGUGAAUCGGGGCAAGAGACUCUAAAAUUUUAUACUGUUGGUGUCGGCUCUUGUAGAGGCUUUUUAUCGACCGAGAUGAAUAUAAUGCCCGAACAUUUUGAUGCUCUUAUGGAAACAAUUUCUAUCGAGGCGGAACAAACUACUUCUUGUUUUAAUCAAUAUCGAAUUUGUGGUCAUAAGAAGAUUGAGAUUUAA